AAUGAAGGGAAAUUCUGCAGUGGAAUGAGAGCUCUACAGCUAGGUCCUCGCAUCUGCCAUUUGUCCUUUGAAACUGCAUUGUAAUCCGGGCAGGAUAAAUCAGACGGAGAGACGAGCAGCCUCCUGGCCGGAUUUCUCCGCCCGAAUUUACUUUCCAGAUUUCUUUUCUUUGCUCUCCUGCUUCUUGGCUGGCCCAGGGAUGACUUCCACGCUGCAGCAACCCUGUCGGGUGCCCUGGCUGCUAUGGGCCGUCCUGCUGGUCAGCACUACGGCUGCUUCCCAGAAUCAAGAACGGCUGUGUGCAUUUAAAGAUCCCUACCAGCAAGACCUUGGGAUAGGUGAGAGUAGAAUCUCUCAUGAAAAUGGGACAAUAUUAUGCUCCAAAGGUAGCACAUGCUAUGGUCUAUGGGAGAAAUCAAAAGGGGACAUCAAUCUUGUGAAACAAGGAUGUUGGUCUCACAUUGGCGAUCCUCAAGAGUGUCACUAUGAAGAAUGUGUAGUAACUACUACCCCACCCUCAAUUCAGAAUGGAACAUACCGUUUUUGCUGCUGUAGUACAGAUUUAUGUAAUGUCAACUUUACUGAGAAUUUUCCACCUCCUGAUACAACACCACUCAGUCCACCUCAUUCAUUUAAUCGAGAUGAGACAAUAAUCAUUGCUUUGGCAUCAGUCUCUGUAUUAGCUGUUUUGAUAGUCGCCUUAUGUUUUGGAUACAGAAUGUUGACAGGAGACCGAAAACAAGGCCUUCACAGUAUGAACAUGAUGGAAGCAGCGGCGUCAGAGCCUUCUCUGGACUUGGAUAAUCUGAAGCUGCUGGAGCUGAUUGGACGGGGUCGAUAUGGAGCAGUAUAUAAAGGUUCCUUGGAUGAGCGUCCAGUUGCUGUAAAAGUAUUUUCUUUUGCAAACCGUCAGAAUUUUAUAAAUGAAAAAAACAUUUAUAGAGUGCCUUUGAUGGAACAUGACAACAUUGCUCGAUUUAUAGUUGGAGAUGAGAGACUCACAGCAGAUGGUCGCAUGGAGUAUUUGCUUGUCAUGGAGUAUUAUCCCAAUGGAUCUCUAUGCAAAUAUUUGAGUCUCCAUACAAGUGAUUGGGUAAGCUCUUGCCGUCUGGCUCAUUCUGUGACUAGAGGAUUGGCGUAUCUUCACACAGAAUUACCACGAGGAGAUCAUUAUAAACCUGCAAUUUCCCAUCGAGAUUUAAACAGCAGAAACGUCCUGGUAAAAAAUGAUGGCACAUGUGUUAUUAGUGACUUUGGUUUGUCCAUGAGGCUAACUGGAAAUAGACUGGUGCGCCCAGGGGAAGAAGAUAAUGCAGCUAUAAGUGAGGUUGGCACAAUUCGCUAUAUGGCACCAGAAGUGCUAGAAGGAGCUGUGAACCUGAGGGACUGUGAGUCAGCUCUGAAGCAAGUAGACAUGUAUGCUCUUGGACUCAUCUACUGGGAGGUGUUUAUGAGAUGUACAGAUCUCUUUCCAGGUGAAUCUGUACCAGAAUACCAGAUGGCUUUUCAGACAGAAGUUGGUAACCAUCCCACUUUUGAAGAUAUGCAGGUUCUUGUGUCUAGAGAAAAGCAGAGACCCAAGUUCCCAGAAGCCUGGAAAGAAAAUAGCCUGGCAGUGAGAUCACUCAAGGAAACGAUUGAAGAUUGUUGGGACCAGGAUGCAGAGGCUCGGCUCACUGCACAGUGUGCUGAGGAGAGAAUGGCUGAACUUAUGAUGAUAUGGGAGAGAAACAAGUCUGUGAGCCCAACAGUCAACCCAAUGUCUACUGCCAUGCAGAAUGAACGCAACCUAUCACAUAAUAGGCGUGUGCCAAAAAUUGGGCCUUAUCCUGAUUAUUCUUCUUCCUCAUAUAUUGAAGACUCCAUACAUCACACUGACAGCAUUGUGAAGAAUAUAUCCUCUGAGCACUCAAUGUCCAGCACACCUUUGACUAUAGGAGAAAAGAACCGGAAUUCAAUUAAUUAUGAACGACAGCAAGCACAAGCUCGAAUCUCCAGCCCUGAAACAAGUGUCACCAGCCUGUCCACAAACACAACCACCACAAACACCACUGGCCUCACUCCAAGUACCGGCAUGACCACUAUAUCUGAGGUGCCGUACCCAGAUGAGACAAAUUUGCAUGCCACAAAUGUUGCACAGUCAAUGGGGCCAACCCCUGUCUGCUUACAGCUGACAGAAGAAGACUUGGAGACUAAUAAGCUAGACCCAAAAGAAGUUGAUAAGAACCUCAAGGAGAGCUCUGACGAGAACCUCAUGGAACACUCUCUUAAGCAGUUCAGUGGGCCAGACCCAUUGAGCAGUACCAGUUCUAGCUUGCUUUAUCCACUCAUAAAGCUUGCAGUGGAAGUGACUGGGCAGCAGGAUUUCACACAGGCUGCAAAUGGCCAAGCAUGUUUAAUUCCUGAUGUUCCACCUGCUCAGAUCUAUCCUCUCCCUAAGCAGCAGAACCUUCCUAAGAGACCUACUAGUUUGCCUUUGAACACCAAAAAUUCAACAAAAGAACCCCGACUAAAAUUUGGCAACAAGCACAAAUCAAACUUGAAACAAGUAGAAACUGGAGUUGCCAAGAUGAAUACAAUCAAUGCAGCAGAACCUCAUGUAGUGACAGUAACUAUGAACGGUGUGGCAGGUAGAAGCCACAAUGUUAAUCCCCAUGCUGCCACAACCCAGUAUGCCAAUGGGGCAGUGCCAUCUGGUCAGGCAGCUAACCUAGUGUCACAUAGGGCUCAAGACAUGCUGCAAAACCAAUUUAUUGGUGAGGAUACCCGACUGAAUAUCAAUUCCAGUCCUGAUGAGCAUGAACCUUUACUGAGACGAGAGCAACAAGCUGGCCAUGAUGAAGGGGUUCUGGAUCGUUUGGUAGACAGGAGGGAACGGCCUCUAGAAGGUGGUCGAACUAAUUCCAAUAACAAUAACAGCAAUCCAUGUUCAGAACAAGAUGUACUUACACAGGGUGUUACAAGCACAGUUGCAGAUCCUGGGCCAACAAAGCCCAGAAGAGCACAGAGGCCCAAUUCUCUGGAUCUUUCAGCCACAAAUAUCCUGGAUGGCAGCAGUAUACAGAUAGGUGAAUCAACACAAGAUGGCAAAUCCGGAUCAGGUGAAAAGAUCAAGAGACGUGUGAAAACUCCAUAUUCUCUUAAGCGGUGGCGCCCCUCCACCUGGGUCAUCUCCACUGAACCACUGGACUGUGAGGUCAACAACAAUGGGAGGGACAAAGCAGUUCAUUCUAAGUCUAGCACUGCUGUGUACCUUGCAGAAGGAGGCACUGCCACAACCAUGGUGUCUAAAGAUAUAGGGAUGAAUUGUCUGUGAGAUGUUUCCAAGCCUAUGAAGUGAAAUUAUUUUUUUUGCAUCGUUUAAACAUGCAGAAGACAUUAAAAAAAAAACAAAAACUGCUUUAACCUCCUGUCAGCACCCCUUCCCACCCCUGCAACAAGGACUUGCUUUAAAUAGAUUUCAGCUAUGCAGAAAAUUUUAGCUUAUGCUUCCAUAUUUUUUAAUUUUGUUUUUUAAGUUUUGCACUUUUGUUUAGUCUUGCUAAAGUUAUAUUUGUCUGUUAUGACCACAUCAUAUGUGUGCAUAUCAAAAGUGGUCUCAAAAUAUUUUUUUAAGAAAAAAGCAAAAACAAUGUAUUGCUGAUAAUCAGUUUGGACCAUUUUCUAAAGGUCAUUAAAACAGAAGCAAAUUAAGGCAGGUUCAACUGCAGUGGUGUCUGGUAUCCAUGUUUUAUUUCUGGGCACAAGCUAGUUUAUAUGUUGAUAUGUUUUUGAACAUAUUAUCUGUUGGACAUUCUUCUUUCCUGUAUUUUAUUUGAAUGUGCAAUAGUCUUUAGACCACAAAGAAGCUCUCUUGUCAGCUCUCUUCUAUCGGGGCACACAUUCUUCCACUGGUGAAACACUUCCCCCAUUCUUCAGUAAUAUGAACAUUUUCUUGCUUUUUCCUUAGGGAGAAUGCAUAGACACUGUCCAAAGGGCUCCAAAAAGGACUUACCAAAACCUUUUUUGAAAUGCCAUUGUCUUUUAACCUUCCAAAUACUAAGUGUAUCCUUCCAGGCAUUUUAAUAAGCAUAUUUGAUUCUGAUUUUGGAAGUUCAUAAGAGAGCAUAGAACAAAACAAAAGAAAGCAAAUAUUAACCUUUUCCAUUUUAUUUUUCUAUGUAUGUUCAUGUUCUGUAUUCAUUUAUUUAAGAAAUACUUUUUAUCAGAAAAUUUAUAAAGCUAAACUUACAUGGAAUUUUUAAGUAAGUAGAUGGGCAAUGUGAUGUAGUGUAGGAACUUUGAUUUUCUGAUCAUCACAAGUUAAAUUACAUUUCCUAUUUAUAAUAACUUCAGAAAAACUCAUAGUUUUGAAUUUAUAGUAUCUUUUAUUGUUUCCCAGCAAAGCCUGUCAGCUUUAUGUGAAAACAAUUCCUUUUCCCAUGACCUAAAACACUGUGUGGAAAGCUCAGUCAACCAGCAUGCCCAAUCCCAUGGAAGAAGGGCCUGCUGCCAAAUUUAAGACUAUUAAACAGACUAAGAUUUACUCUCUGUCUUUCGAUAACUUUCCUUGCUAAUCCUAUUUUCAUAAUUUCCCCUUUUACCAGUUUCACACGAUCUCCUUUGAGCAGGACUUAUUAUUUAUGUUGUAGGAGAGCAUGCCUUCUAGUGAUAACAUACCAGUGAAGUCACUGUCACACUCCCUUUGCUUCUUUUGUCACUAAUGAUCUCUAAAACAGGCACUGUGUCUUUUAAUAAAGCACUUUCUGUCAAAUAUGGGAAUUUCCCCUAAACAUUGUUUGCUGCCAAUUUGAAAACAAAUUGUUCUCAUGUUUUCAGAUUCUCAGAAUCCUUAAUAUCCAUUAUCUGAUUAAGUUUUAAAUUUUUGCAGGGGAGAUUUAAAAAAAGUUCAGUACAAAUCUCCAAAUUUCUGAUUUUGGUUCUCAUGUCCUGAACACCACUUUUCAUUGAUAAUCCUCUGCCCUUGCCAUUUAAAUGAGAACAGCCCACUUUUCCCAGUACACUGUCCACAGCGCUUGUGACUCACUUGUGUAAGCCUUUGAGUUGUCAUCUGCUGUGCUUCUUUGAUGUGACAAUAUUUAAAACAUUUAUUCAGCUGGAUAAGUUCUCAGUCCUUAGAAUUACAAUUAUUGUAUUUGUGCCCAGGGUCCCUUUCUCUGUUUUGUGAUUUAUUGGCUGGCCUUCUUGUGGUUCAGGUUUGGGGUUAUUUUGGUUGGUUGGUUGGUUUUUUUGUUUUGUUUUGUUUUUCGGUGUGUGUGUGUGUGCGUGUGUGUGUGUGUGUGUGUGUGUGUGUGUGUUGGGAGGUGCUUUGAGACAGGGUUUCUCUGUGUAGCCCUGACUGUCCUGGAACUUGCUCUGUAGACCAGGCUGGCUUCGUACUCAGAUUCUUAGUAUAUAUUUUUGUCUUCUAACAUACAGUUUCUUUCAGAUAGUCACUAUUCUUAUCUAUGUAACAACUUGUGUCUUUCACUUAUUUCUCUUGUCCAAAUGGCUUUCAGAUACAUUUCAGGAUUUUUUGUGUUUUCAGUUGUGGGGCAACUUUAAAUCAAAAAUAAUUAUAUUCCUUCCAUCUCCAAUUUGAAGCAUUGAGAAUAAAUGGCCCUUUGAGGUCCAACUGAUCUUUUCCUGUCCCAAAGUUGUCUUUCGUUCUGAAGAAUUUGAAUUAGGACCAGUCAAUUAUGAAUUUUUUUCAACAGUCUUUAAUGGUUAGUACAUUUAUAAAAUCCUUUAAAAAUUAAUAUGCGAGAUUAAAAGAAAGUAUAGUUUCCCAUCUCAUGCAAAUAUGUUUAAAACAAAUAAUUCCUUUCACUGAUAUAUGGUAACUAUUUGGAAAAUAGGAAAGGUAGAAGUAUAAGUCAUUUUAAUAAAUUUGGAAAUCUAUUAUACACAGUACACAAAAAUCCUUUAAUAACUUAUAUAUUACUUUUUAGCUUUAUUUAUCUGACUCUUGAAGCUGAAACUGAAAUUUACCAAAACAUUUCACAUAAAAAAUUAAUUUUGGGCCUUUUGAAUAAAGUCAUUCAGUUUAAAAAUAUUUCCCUGGAUGGUAUUAUAAAAAGCAUCCUAAUAGGACAUCAGAGUGUAGUGUCAGGUCCCUUAAGAAGAUACCAGUUGUGGGGCUGGAAAGACGGCAAGCCAGUUAAGGGAAUCUAGGAAGUGUGUAACCCUCCCUCACAGACCCCAGGUCUCUCUUAGGAUAUGAUAAUUUUCAAUAUUCACACCCUUGACUAGCAGUGGGUUGUGGUGGCUUUUGUUUUCCAGAAGACAAAAUUGCAUUUUAAAUUUUUUUUUUUUUAGGUUAUGAACUAUGCAAACUUUGCCCAAAAUUACCUUACACGAUCCCUUCCUAACUAUGCUCAUUGAUAAUGUCUGUCUAGCUGUCUACUUCCUGAGCUAUCACACAGAUUCCCAGCAAAAAGAGGCUUCUACAGGUGUCCUCAGAAGCACAAGAGCACCCUGUGUGCCCACAGAGGUGGAACACCUGCUGUUCCUCUCUUUAAACCCCUCAUGGUUUAUGCUGACUGUCCCUCCACUGUCUGACUUACGGCUUUUUUUCAUACCUAUUCUAUCCCUCUUGUUUGCUUUGGGAGUGUCUGUCAUACCUAGUAGGGAAAAGGGAAUAGCUGGUCCUUCGUCCUUCUCUGCAGUGCUCUUCAGUUGGCUUCAGGAUUCUCAAUCAACACUUCAUCAGAUAAAUUUUUCCAGUUCCUUUAGGUCUGUUUCUCCUCAAAUCUAUUUUAAUAACUGUAUUUAUAUUUAAGAGCACAUAAAAUUCUAUGUUAUAUUCAAAUUAAUUGCUCCAGUUAAUUUAUAGCACAGUAGUUUGAUAGAACUCAGAGUAAAGAUGUUACCUUUUGACAUUGGAUUUAAUCAUCAGACCACCCAAAAAUCAGCACUUAAUUUUUGUAUUAUCUACAUUUUCUAUUAAAAUGUAUUUUAUGAUUUUAUAUCCACACAGAUAGAACUGAAAAGCCAUGCAUACAUAAUUGUGUUUCAUUUUCAUUAAACUCUCACCUAUGUCACAGUGCGUUUUAGUAUUACGAUUGAGCCACAACAAAUACUGUACGUUUUUCUUCAUAUCAAAUACUAUAUUAAACACAAAAUGCAAAAUUAACUAUCAAAAGCAGACCCUACAGAUAUCAGGUAUUACCCAUGGAUAUUUUUGUAUCUCUGUAGACCACUUUUGAAAUGCUUACCGUUGUUUUUGCAGCAUAGAGUGGAUGGACUAGAACAAUUUUCAUUUAAGUUUUAAGUGGUUAAAGUUGGGUGUUUGUGUAGAGAGUAGAUCUUUAAAAUUUAUCUCAUGGCAAAUAGAUUUGAAAGUAAACAUUUGAGAGGCUAUACUAUAUGUUAAAAUUAUGCCCCAAAUAAAUCUAUUGAAUUUUUUUAAUUCCAAUUUUAUUAUUGCUAUGAUGUUUGAGGUGUUUCUACUGAACAUUGUAAACACACACAUUCAUUUGUAAAACUUGGUUUGCAGCCCACAUUCAAAUCUAGAGCAGAAAGAAUCUUUAGAACUAAAGUGCUUCAUUAGGAUGUCCAGUGUGUAACUGAAUUUUAAUGAAAAUUGACUGUACUUGAAAUUGCAACUUGACUGUUUUUUUCUUUUUAAAAGGUUCCCCCUGUUUUAUUUGUAUUUUAAAUUUCAGAAACAUCUUCAUGGUUUAGAAUCACUUUUAGACAUAGUAUUACUUAAAAACUCAGGGUGCCUUUCAUCUGUUUGUACACUGAAAACAUUCAGUUGGUAGCAAACAAGCAAUUAGAUCUAGUCAGAUAUUUAAAGUGUUUGUUGCAUAGUAAUGUGUUAUCAUAUUAUUUGACUUAAUUCACAUCAACAUGAUAUUUGAUUUCAUUAAUCAUAAAAACUUGCCCAGUUCUGUAAUUACUGAAUAUUAGGAAUGACUCAACUAAUUGGCCACAUGUCACAGCAGAUUUAAGCCUUGGAGUUAAAAUGCCAGCUUAAACAUGUUCUGUUCUUGGUUCUGUGGUUAUACUGGAUGGAACAAAUGUUUCAUUUUGUUUUGUUUUUCUAAUAACAGAGCUUAGGAAAAGUAAUUCUGCGAUAGAAUUUUCUUAAGAGAUAAUUAGCAUUAUAAAACUUCUAAAAGUGAGCUGAUGACUGUAGCUUUAGUAAUGGCUUGAUGGCUUUGAGAAGGUGAUCUAUAGUAAGCAGUUUUUCACACUGUCAGAGCCAAACAAUUUUUCUUUAAGUCAGAUAAACUUAAGCUCUAAUUGGUCUGCUGUAUAUUUAAAUCUUAGCAGUGGAAUUAUUUGUAAUCAGUCUUGUCUCAGGCUCCCUAUCUUGGUAUCAGUCUUAAGUAUAUAAAGGAAACAUUUGUAAAGAUGUAUAAGAGUAAGAAAACUAAUGACUAAAACAUGCAAUUCAAAGCAAUUAGGUUUCAAUUUAAUAUUGAGUUGCUUGACUUAUGUGGCUUUUUUUUCUUUCAUGGUAACAUUUAUUUAUUUAAGGGAUGUUGUAUGUCAUGUCUUCAUUUCUAUAGAAAUUGUAUUGUAUAAGUGUUUGUGUAAGCUGGAAUCAUCCUGAAUUUUCUGUUGCUAAUUUUUCAAGUGAGCUUACAUGGAUAACUGUAAAAUACAUUAACUCUUAGGGUGUUAUAGCUGAAACAUGGAGAUGUGUAGCUGCCAUGUUUUUUCUGAACGGACAAGAAAAACAUUAGCUACCAAGUAUUCAUUUCUGAGGAUGCUUUUUAGAAAAAGAAAGGCUGACAAUAUUGGCUCUUCCUCAGAACCCUCUUUCUUGUUAACGGGUAUCUUUUGUUGGUGUAUUCUGUUCUUACAUUACAGAUAGAAUAUCGUGUGUGAAUUUAUGAGUAAUUACUUUCAGUUACUUGCUUUUGUAUAAGCCAUCUGAGACCUUGCUAUGCUGUAUAAGUUGUGUUUGAUGGAGCAGUGUGAGUAUGAAAUAAAGCAGAUCACUUUCUUUUGUAUUAUCUAUGGAUGCCACUAUGAACGCUGACAUUAAGCCACUAAAGAGUUUUCUAUGAAUAAGUGUAAGUAAAUGCUUUGAUAUAUAUAAACCUAAAUACAAAGAUUGUAUUGAGACAGAGACAUUGGCAAAGGAAGUUUUAAGGCAGUUCUUUAGGUUUAAAAAGGCUUGCUGUAAAAUGGUGCAUUAUUCCAUUUAUUAAAGAUCAUAUUAAUGACAUUAA